AAAAUGGUUGCCAGCUAAUGACUAUGACAGACAGAUGUCAGCUUUCCUAAUCAGUUGCAUUUCAUCGUAGCAAAUUUUUGUCAAUUACCAAUAACUAAACAGCUGUCCUAAUUCCAUAUUCCAUCAGUUUUUUAUAAUAUGUAAAAAGUAUUGUUGGCAGUGUAUCAAUUCCGUGAAAUGUGUUUAUACUAAUGUAAAAGAGUUACCCUGAAGCCUUGAUAAACCUUUCUUGUUUUAAGAAUGUCGAUUCCUCCACUCGUUUGUAGCACUCCUCCACCACCUGAGCAGUGCGAGGACGACAAAGAUACUGAAGAUUUCGACUUAUCCUACAACUUAUCACAAGAAGAGGACGAUGAUGAUGUAAAUAAUGAUUACAAUUAUGGCAACUUCUCAUCUUAUAGCCAUUACCAACCUUCACCCAACAACAAACCGCAUGAGAUCAAAGAGCAUGAGAUUACAAAAAGUGUUGACGAUGAGGUUCACAAGGAAGUAUUUAUAGAAUAUGGAAAUAGUACGCAAACUGAACAAAGUAAUUCCAGCCAAGAUGUGUUUGGAGCUAGUGAUAUUAAUGAAAAUAAAUUAAAAUGUGAUGAAGAUACAAAUAUAGAAGAUUUGAAUUUGAAAUUAGAUGAGGAAAUUGUAACUAUUAUUGAAGAUAAUGGUGAUGAACAUGAAACUAGUGAACAGAAUGCUGAUAGCUUUAAAGAUUUGAACAUUCCAUGUAGUUCUAAUAACAGUAGCCAAGGUACGAAUGUAUCAUCCUGUGAAAAUGUUAAUGAACCUAUUGAAGGAAGUAAAGAAACCCAAAUUGAUUUAGAAGAAGAGAUUGUGGAAAGGUUUAGUGAAGUUACUGUGAAAUUUGAAUCAAAUGCAAACCCUGUUGAUAUUGCUUUGUCUGAGCAUAUGGAUGCUGCGUCUUCAAUACAAUUUGUUGACCCACCACGGUUAGGAGAUUUAUCCAAAGACUCAGAAGAACAUACAGAUGAAUUUAAACAGCCACCACAGGAGCUUAGUACUGUAACAAAUGAUAUCAAUAUAGAUGAUGAUUUUGGAGAUUUUGAUGAUUUUAAAUUUGUAAAUACUAAAACUGAUGUUGCUACUGUGGUAGACAGUUCAAAUCCAUGGGAGAAUGCUGAGACAAAUGAGUCCGAUUUUGGAAAUUUUACAGCAAACUUUGAUGAAAAUCAAUUUCGCUCUGUUGAAACUCCCCAAAAUACUAUUCCCAUAUCAGAUACUGACCAAGCUGUGAGGGAAAUAAAAGAUGAAGAAAGUAAUUUAGACAGUGACUUUGAAGAUUUUGAAGAUUUCAAAUCAUCAGCUGUGAAAAGUGGAGCAAAUGUUGCACCAGAAGAGGAAUGUCAACUACACUUCCUAAAUUUACAAUCUACAGAUAAUGAACACCAAAUCAUGGAGAGUAUAAGUAAAGUCUUAAGUUCUGUGUUUCAGGAAGAGAUAUCCAAUACUAAUGUAGAGACAGAAUGUAAACUAGAAUCAUUACUGAGUGAAACAUGGGGACACCUAAUGCAAACUGAUGAAAGACAACCAUAUAUUGUCAACUGGAACAAUUCUUUAGGACAGAAAACACUUCUGAAGGCUUUAUGUAUUGAUUCCCGAAAUAUUCUAUUUGGACCAAAAUGGAGCAGUCACAUGCCUAAAUAUGCUGCAAACUUGAGCAAUGCACCUCUUCAACCACAGAAACAACCUUCUGCUCCUUCUAAUGCAUCUGUCAGUGAGGUUGUGGCUGAUAAAACAGUCAACAAACAAACAACCUGGUCAGAUCCCUUCACUUCAGAUGGUCAAGAAUUCACCUAUGCCGAAGCCCUACUCCUUGACCUUGAACACCUCAUGGCUACCCUAGACCAAAUGGCUCAUAACCAUUCCACCCUCAAGAUAUCUGAGUUACUGUCACAUGCUUGUAACUCCGAAAACGACGGUGCCAACAUUACGCCGAGACCGACUGAUUUAGAUGUAUUUGAAGCUGCUACAUCUUCAAAGUCGGAUAAGAUUUAUUCGAAUACAAUUGGUGUACAACCAAUGCGACAAAUAAGCUUACCCGACACUCACAUAUUUACACCGACUGACUCCGAGAUACCUAGGUCUAAAACAAUACAUUACGACCGCAGUCCCGGCGUCCUCUUGCCACAGCCAGCUCUAGACGAGAAUAACGCUCAAACAGAUAAUUCCGCGACACAAAACGCAAAUAGCGUUCCUGAGGCAGGCUCAGACAAUACCAACGAAUACUGGGAAUUCCAAGAUUUUAAGAGCACGAUAAACACCUCUCUACCAGUAUCUAUAAAUCAAUCCGAAAUACCACAAGAAAAUAAAAUGGAAAUAGCCACAACUUUACCCAUAGCAAAUGUUGCCUAUCAAACAAACUUACUACAACCUAUCAAAGUAGAACCUUCUAUGCCUACACUAAAUUGGCCUGAUCCAGGUGAGGUUAAAGUAGCUUACGACGAUUUUUCUGACUUUGUGUCAAUUUCAUCACAGUCUACGGAAAAACAAGGAAUUGCUGAACCAAGCCUGCCUCAAAUUGACGCUGAUAAUAUAAUUAAGCCUGAAAAUUUGAAUGAUCUCAAUGAAAAAACCGAUGACAUCACAGACACAGUCAUAGUUAAAAAUGAUGAUAUUGUUGAUGACGAUUUUGAUACUUUUCAAUCAGCACUUCCCACCAGUAGUGCACCAAAUGAUUUCAAGACAGCUUUCGGAUUUACUGCCAACCAAACUGUCGACGAUUUCACGGACGUUCAAAAUGGAUCUCCUAAAAAUAAUAAUAAUAAGUCUGACAACAUAUCAUCUGCAGCAUUGCAAAGACCAAGCGACCAAGCUUUAACUCCGAAUGUAGGCUUCAUCUCAAAUACAACGGAGUUCCCAUACAAAAAUUCGUUGUCUGUAGGACCUCAAAUUCAGCCUAGUCUUCUGCAGCCCACCCCUGCAAGUUUUAGUGCAACAAACACACAAAAUCAACGAACGACUGGGCAAAUACUACAACCAUUGUUUUUAGAAAGUUAUUCGCAAAUAAACUGGCCUAGUCCUGGUAUAGACUUACAGGACUUGUCAAGAUUUAAUCCUGUCGAAACAUUACAUUCCCUCAAAAGUGACUUGAGUGUGAGCGGUCUCAGCAAAGGAUCCUCUCCAGUACACAAUCAAAAAACGACAACGGUUAACCAAUCGUCUGACGAUGACGUAUGGGGCGAGUUUGUAUCGAGUAAACCCAAACAACAGCAGUCACACUCUAAAAUAACACCAGUUUUUGCAGAGGACGAUGAAUGGACAGACUUUAUUUCCAGCCCCAGUGCGAAACCACAAAAUGGUUUAAACACAAUAAGUUUUAACGUUCAUACUAAUUCGAACAUACAGAAAACAUCACAAAACAAAUUCUCGGUAAAAAGCAAACAAACACCUGUCGAUAUCCCUACAUUAAAUUAUAUUACUCCUAAAUCAAACACUCACAAGUCAUACAAUGAUAAACAUUUCCAGAAUUUAUAACAACACAAUUAUUAUUCUCAUAAUUUAUUAAAUUGUACUUAAUAAUAAUAAGUAUUACAUACAUUUAUAAUUAUG